UUGAGGGCUAACACCAAGCACAGUUGCACUACAGUAACUCUCUCAAAUCAUACCUUCAAAGAUGGAAUCUCCGGUGCCGGAAUCCGGUAACAACAACCCAGAAAUGCAGAACAAGAUUAUCAUCGAUGUAUUAUACAAGGCAAUAGCACAAGGUCACAUGGAUGAAGUGGCUAAGUUUCUAUCAAGUGACCUGGAGUGGUGGUUCCAUGGACCUCCACGGUGUCAACACAUGAUGAGGGUGCUGACCGGCAAGUCGAGCCACAAUGAGUUCAGGUUCGAGCCAAGAAGCAUAGAGGUUAUUGGGGAAUGUGUGAUUGCAGAGGGAUGGGAAGGUGCACAAGUGUAUUGGGUUCACGUAUGGACCUUGGAAGAUGGUGUUAUUACACACUUUAGAGAGUAUUUUAACACAUGGCUCACGGUGAAGGGAAUUAGCCCAAGUCGCUGGGAAACUGGGAUAGGGAGGCGCCGCCCCACCUUGUGGCAAAGCCAACCCAGAGAUCUUUUCAGCCGUUCGCUGCCUGGCCUACUUCUGGCUAUUUAGAGAGCCUGUGCAUGGUUGCUGGGUUAAUUACCUGUAAAACUGUGAUGAAAAUGGAAAUUUGUAUAGUAUAUUUUAUAUGUAUAUGUGGUUGAACGUGUAGUAGUCGGUCAAGAAAAAUGCAUUUUAAAAUUUUUUUUAACACUUAA